UCAAUCAGUCUUCAACUGACUGUUGUUGUGAUAAGACUUUUCUGAGUUUCUCUGGAAAGUCCUCUCUCUCGCGGCCAAUCGAUUUUAGAAAAAAAAGAAGUGGUACAUAAAUAGUGCAAAAGAGUAUUAUAAUAUUGCUGAAUCCCUGUGAGCUGUAUUUAUUUUAUUUUCGUUCGAAUUUUUACGUCCGUGCUUCGUUCAAUAUUCUAUACAAAUAUAUCCUACGCCAGCAACCCCUUAAAUGAAGUGGCAAAAUUUUGCUACCUAAUUGAAUAGUGUGCGACGCCUGAGUGAAAAUUUCAUUUUAAUUUUUUGGAGUUUUUUUUAACGAGUGUAACUUUGAGUGGAAAAAAGGAGAAAAGCGCACCGGAAGUAUGGCGGAGAACGAAGAUUUAAGCAAUAAUAGUAGUAGUAGUAGUAGCAGGGAGGAUAUACACUUCUUUGAAGGAGUCGAGAAGCUGUUGGAGAUCUGGUUUGAGCCGAAUCCAUCAAAUAAAAAUGCCGAUCUUAGGAAGAUACCGAGACCCAUGUGGGAUGCACUGCUGAAAACAGUUCGAUGUGAAAUCAUCAGCGUCACUAAAAACGAACAAAUUGAUGCUUACGUGUUGAGCGAAAGCAGCAUGUUCGUGUCGAAACGUCGCUGGAUUUUGAAGACGUGCGGUACAACGACACCGCUACAGUGCUUCGAACCGUUGCUCCGUCUUGCAUCGGAAAUCGCCGGUUACAGCGAGAUAGAAGAUUUGUUCUACUCGCGCAAGAACUACAAACGGCCGGAACUGCAGAUUUCUCCCCACCGUGGCUUCGAGGAAGAAGUUGCCUUCCUGGAUUCAUUUUUUGAGGAUGGACGUGCCUAUAGCCUGGGCGCGCUUAAUCGUGAUUGCUGGCAUCUCUACACGCUGAGCCGCGGGGGAGGGGGCUCCGAUAAAAUAAGAAUGUUUAAUAACAAUAACAACAACAACAGCGGUAAUCAAACAACAAACAUUGGCUCGGAUAGUCUGUUCGAAUCUCAACAGUUACCUGAUCCGGAUCAGACCAUUGAAAUUCUUAUGACUGAUCUCGACCCUAAAGUUAUGGCACUCUUUACCAAAGAUGUCUGUGACACGGCUAUGGAUGCAACUCAGAAAUCGGGUAUUCAUAAGCUCAUUCCAGGAAUGGUUAUCGAUGAUUAUCUUUUCGAUCCGUGCGGUUAUUCCAUGAACGGAGUUGCCAAGUGUUGCGGAAAAAAGCACAAGGAGGGAUGCUACAUGACGAUCCACAUUACUCCUGAACCAGAUUUUUCAUAUGUCAGCUUCGAAAGCAACGUCGCCUCUUCCAGCUAUGGCGAUUUGAUCGAACGUGUGAUUCAAACCUUCCAGCCUGGAAAAUUUAUUGUUACUAUUUUUGCAAAUAAGACAUCUUCAGCAGCGAAUGCAUCUCGCGAGCUCGAGCACCUGGCAACGAUCGAUCAAUGGAAGCGUCAUGAUAUUCAGUUCUCGCGUUUCGCCACCUACGAUUUGACUUACGCUCAAUACUGCAAAUACCCAAGCUGAGGUUUACCGUGCCUAGUCCUCGAAAGGGCUUUUUUCGCUUCCCAAAUUCCUUCCCAGUCCUUCAAUUCCUCCUCCUCCGCUAAAUCUCCCGUUUUUAUCGUACGUCCUUCCCCAUUCUCUUUUGUAAUUUCACCAAUCGCUUUGUUCCGUUUGUUUCUCAACAUUUUUCCGCUGUUAAUCUCGUUCAAUUUUGCCAAGAGCUUCUUAUACUGCGAAGUCGAUGAUAAUGAAUGCAACAAUAACAACAACAACAAAAACAAAAACGACAUUGGUAAGAUGACUAUAGAUCCCGAUAAAUCCGGAAUCAAGGGCUAUUUUCAACAAGUUGGUGAGAGCAAAAAUAACGACAAUUUCGGCGGCCAAUUAAAGCAGUUGUUCGAUCUUCCGGCUGUGUUGUUCGCCAUCAUUCUGCUGCAGAUGAUUUCCUUUGUGCUGGUGCUGAAUAUUGAAGAGUGCUCACCGCUAGUUCUGUUUUCCUGGUGGCGCAACAAAAUCUCCUGAAAUUGACUACCACGUGGCAAACGAACGACGAGCGAUCGGUUUAUUUGUUCGCUUUUGUUCUGAUGCCUCUUUUGAUUCACAUUGUCCCAGUUAUUAUUUUGAUAAUAACACAUUACCGAUCAACAACAAGCAUUCCCGCUCCGCCCCAUUGCGGGGCGAAGCUUCUAGUGACGAUAUCCUCCAUCGCUACUGUGGUAGUAUUUGCUUCGAUAUGUAUCGGCAAAUCAUUGGUCAAGUACUAGUGGUUGUCAUUAUAGUAUUUGCAGUGAUAGUAUGCGAUGUGUGCACAAAAAUUUUACCAUCAUCUUUUACGUUCUACAAUACACGCUGCGAGGUGUUUUGCAGCAAUGCGGCGAAUUUUGAAGAGGAUUUUAUUAUUGGUGGAAAAAGAAGAAUAAUUCACAACAACACUAGGUGGAAAGCUUUCUCGCUAGAUCUGUUUCUCUUCUACAAACGACAACUUGGUGUAGAAGUCUCUCAGUAUAACCGGUACCACCAAGAGAAGCGCCACCGACUUUACAGCACAGUUUUAAGCACUAUAUACAAAACAAUCGCUAAUAAUAACCACCAAAUUAAUGUCGUAGGUUCCAACUUUACUGUUAGCAUUGCUAGGAUUGUCAAUAACAAAAGAAUACUAGUUGAAUGUAUCAUAUUCGCUUAUCUAAUAUCAUUGGAUUUGUAUUCGUAGCGAAAAAGUUCAGCAUUUGAAGAAACAUGAAUUUACUGAGAAACAAGUAUAUGAAACAAAGAGGAGUAAUACUUAUAUCCCAUUUUCCCCGUCGAUACUUCCUUAGCGAAUCUUCCCCCUUUUUAUCAGAUGAUACAUAAAAUGUCUAAAUCAACAUGCGAUAAAAUUAACAAUGAGUUUUCAGGACACAUUGAAUGUUAUAUCUUAAAAACAAAUGCAUUAAAAAGAUGAAUACAAAAAGUAACAAAUGAAUUAUUAGCGUCUUAAUGGUGAAUCGUGAAAAGAUUACAAAAUGAAGGUGAUGAAUCCCUAUAUAAAAAGGAAGAAGCGAUGAGAACGAACAUUGGAAUAUUUGAAAUUUUACCGAUAUUUCUCGGAAGACAAACAUGUUAAGCAAUUAAACAUAAGUUUCAUUAGCAUUAGGAAAAUGGUUACAGAUUACAUGUUAUUUAAAUAUUCCGUCAGCCCGCGGGUUCCAAGCCCAUAUAUGCUAUAUUUUUCUAAUUACAAAAUCAAUAUAUGGCCAAGAUUAUCAAAUGAUGUAUUGCGGAAGCAAAAUACUGUCAAGAUUAUUCGAUUCAUUGUAGUAUUACUUCAUUUUCAAACUUUUUUUGUGAGGAACGAAAUGAGCGCGCAAACUUUAUGGCAGCAUGAAAUUUCGGUUCCAUGACUUUCACAUAUCUAGGCAUUUAUUUCAGUGCAACAAUUUCAUAUUUACUUUUAUGCGCAUAUAGAAUAUGUAACUUUUUACGACAAAAUAAAAUACAUCCAUUCUAACUAGA